CUGUUUGACACUGAUUAUUCACAGUUGCGGUUAAUUCGAACUGAUGACGGUACGUGCAUGCUGCUCCUUCUGAGCAGUGUGAGGUAGUUAAUAACUAUCUAUUCUAAACCGCUAAGUCCAUAUUUUACCAUUAGUUUUUGUUAUCUUGAUAUUACAGAAGAGGGGUAUUAUGUGAUGUGCUCCGCAACUCCCGUCAAAAUCGUAUACAAGGGACCCAAUUACAAAUGGUAGUGUUAGGAUUUUUGAUUGUCCGUUGAAAAAAAUUCGUGUUUCCGUUUCGAGCACUUAGCCGUGAUAUAUACAAAUUGAUUCUACAUACCAGCUUAAGUUAGUGUCCCUCAAUUAUUAGUUACAGUCGCUGAAUGAACUGCAGACGUUGUAUACAGGGUUAAGUCCUAUUUAUAGGUUUGGCACAAUACUGAACUGUAGGUUUCACGUUCAAUCGAAUAUAAGCAAUGUUUUCUUUACGCGCAGUUGCUGUAUAAGUUGACCGAACGAUGCAGUGAAAGAGCAUAGAAUUGUUGUGCACAUUGAAUGUUUGGACCUUAGUGACAGUGAAUAAUGUAAGCGUUAGGAGUGUGAAUCCUAGGUUGCGCUAAGGAUGAUAGCAACUGUCAUCGAAACAACUCAGGAGCCUAAUCAUGCCCUAAAUGAUGUUAUCUUGUUCCUGUGAUUUUUCUGUAUCGCCGCAAUGAUAGUGAGAGUAUAACAACCGUUUUAAUUUCGGGUGGUCUCUAAGGAACGGUUUUAUUUCUGUCAACACUUGAUAUGCACUGUGUAGCUGAUCAGACUGCCAUUAGUUAAAGCGUCUCAUCACGGAGUGAAUAAAUUUGUUUCUGUGGGAUAUUAGAAAGCGCACACAGUCACGAAUCAAGCUUGUAGACUUUUGUGAUUUAGUUUUGAACGUGACAAUUUGUUGAUAUAGUACAUGUGCGUUGUAUUAAUUUUACUUAUACGAAGAAUGUCUUUCUUUUAUUUCAUUCUGUAGAAAGUUUUCAUUCUUUAUGAGCACGCCUUAGGGUAUGCGUUGUUCCGGGUCAAAGUAAAAUCGGGAGAAUCAUCCAACUUAGUAGAAGCAUUAAACGUACUUGCUCAAGAGUUGUUAAAUAAUGAAGAAGAAUUCCUAAAUACUUUCAAAUUGCACGCAUUUGCACCAUUUACCUCAUCAGCUAGCGCGCUGCAAAAUUGUAACGGUAUAUCGGAGGGGAUUGUUCCGAUUGAACUUAAAGCAUUUAUUGAAGCGAAUUUGCCGUCUUCGAAUGUAUUACUUUGUGUUGCAGACCGCAAACUAGCUGAAUCUAUCAAAGAUCCAGAAAUAGGAUUACCAGAAAAUAUUACUUGUUCAUCUGAAUCCGUUCUUCAUGAAGUUUACAGGGCACUCCGAGUAUACUUCCCUAAAUAUAUCAAUGCGUUGUCUCAUUUUGAUGAAUCAAAAGCGCAAAUUGGUCUUGGGCAUAGUUACUCUAGAGCCAAAGUGAAAUUCAAUAUCUACAGGAAUGACAAUAUGAUAAUCCAGUCAAUAAAUUUAUUGGAUCAGUUGGAUAAGGAUGUAAACAAUUUUUGUAUGAGAGUCAAAGAGUGGUUUUCGUAUCACUUCCCGGAAUUGACGAAAAUUGUUCCUGAUAAUGCUACUUUCGUCAAAGUGGUGCGUUUGAUUCGUACCCGUGAUGGUGCAUCUGAAGACAAUCGUGAGGCCUUAGCAGCUCUGACCGAUACUCAAGUUGCUUCUGAUAUUAUUGAAUCCGCUAAAUCAUCUGUUGGUUUUGAUAUUACGGAUGAUGAUGCUGAAAACUUAGCAACUUUCACUGAAAAGAUCAUUUCGCUCAUUGAACGGAGAAGACUGACACAAGACUAUUUGGCUAAAAAGCUUGUUGGAGUAGCUCCGAACUUGAGCACGAUGAUUGGUGACAGAGUUAGUGCAAGGCUUAUUGCCCACGCAGGGUCUCUUACGAAUUUGGCUAAAUUUCCUGCCUCAACUAUUCAAAUACUAGGAGCAGAAAAAGCUUUGUUCAGAGCCUUACGAACCCAUGGCUCUACACCGAAAUAUGGGUUGAUUUAUCACAGUCCUUUCAUCACUCGUGCUUCACGGGAGAACAAAGGAAGAAUAUCAAGGUUUUUAGCUGCAAAAUGUGCUAUAGCGUCUCGGAUUGAUUGCUUCAGUGAAGUACUAUGUGAUAUAUAUGGCAAACACUUAAAGCAACAAAUUGAAGACAGGUUGAACUAUUUCGAAACCGGUACUGCACCACCUACUAACGCUGAAGCGAUGGCACGUGCGAUAGCUGAGGUUAAUAAAUAUAUUCGCAGGAUGAAGAAAAAAGCAAUUAAAACACUAAACAAAAGAGAUUCAGAUAGUCAAGAAGAGGCUGUUGCGGAAGCGACUGUAACUGAGGGUAAGAAAAAGAAGAAGAAAAAACGCGAGACAAUAACUGACGGUGCUGGUGAUAAUAUAGAUCACGAGACAGCAGAGGACAAAGUUAAUGAAGUUCAUGAGUUGUCUACUCAUUUGAAUGGGGAACUGAACGAUGCAGAAGGCAAAAGCGUUGCAAAGAAGAAGAAGAAAAAACGACAUAAUUCAGAGUCGGUUGGUGCAGAUCAGUCUAUGAAUGGAAGCCUUACAGAAACCAUGCCUAAAAAGUUACCAUCAGGGCGUAAACGAUCGGCUUCCGAAUCAAGUGUAGUUUUGGCUGAUGAAAGCUUAAAUUCUGUUAAGAAGAAAAAGAAAAUACAUAUGUUGGACAAUUGAAAAGUAUCGUUUCUGCCUUUUGAAUUGUACAUAUAAGUAGUGAGACUAUUUUCUUGAAAUAAAAAUUUUGACAAGUUUGCUUA